GUGUUGUGAUCGCAAUAGCCUAGGUUUUAAAACAAUACUUACAUGUAUUGUACAUGUAUUAUAAAAUCAUAGUUUUAUAACUGACCGCUUGGAAUUUACACAUACACCUCAUCAGUAUUAACUACUGUUGCUGUCAAGUAGGGGCGGCACACCCUUCGGCCACCUUUUGUGUGUGGUUUACUCAAUGCCCGAGUUAGUGAUGUGUACUUGAAGGCAUCACCAGUUCGUGUAUGUGAGCCGUGUACAGGAAGUGGCGGGCCGCGACUGCUCUGGGUCCGCACCUUUUCCGGUAACACAGUACUACGGUUGAGAGAGCGAGCGAGAGCGGCAAAAAGAAGACUGAGAGGCGGAGGAGAUACGACUCGGGAACCGGGCAGAACGAUAGCCGGAGACGUGAGUCUUUUCCACCCUAUUCUAAUGACAUGAAAGGGAAGAGGAGAAAGUCGGAUGAAUCACUGACCUUUCCGGGCCUUCCUCCACGGAAAGGUGGUGGGGGUUGAAUCCGUGUGUUACGGCGGUGAAUUUAAUCGGCAAGCCCCUAAGCGAUUGUGGACGCACAGCGACCGAGGAGGAAGUGCUAAAUCCGGGUAUGGACUGGGCCUGACUCCGACUCCCGCUGAGCGCUCUGGAGUCUGGAAGACUUUGAAGUCUUUGUGGAAAUGUGUUUUUUAAAAAGGCACAUAUGAGAUUGAUCCUACAAGGCUACUGCACACCCACUCAGGUCACAUAUAAAAAUAUUGUUAUUAUUCAGCCGCCAUUAAAGACGCUAGACUCCCUUACCCCCCCAUCUACUAAGUAUUUAUGCCCAGCAAACAAGAUGGGGAAAAUGCUGUCAAAGAUCUUUGGCAACAAGGAGAUGAGAUUAUUGAUGCUUGGACUUGAUGCUGCGGGAAAAACCACCAUCCUGUACAAGCUGAAGCUGGGACAGUCAGUCACCACUAUCCCAACAGUGGGCUUCAACGUGGAGUCGGUCACCUACAAGAACGUCAAGUUCAACGUGUGGGACGUAGGCGGCCAGGACAAGAUCCGGCCUCUUUGGAGACACUACUACACUGGUACCCAGGGCCUCAUCUUUGUGGUGGACUGUGCCGACAGGGAUCGGAUCGACGAGGCCCGUCAGGAGCUCCACCGUGUCAUUAACGACCGUGAGAUGAGGAACGCCAUCAUACUCAUCUUUGCCAACAAGCAGGACCUCCCAGACGCCAUGAAGCCCCACGAGAUCCAGGAGAAGCUGGGCCUGACGCGGAUCCGGGACAGGAAUUGGUACGUUCAGCCCUCAUGUGCGACGUCUGGGGAUGGACUCUUUGAGGGCCUCACCUGGCUUACUUCAAACUACAAAAGCUAAUGCCCCACCAGCCUGAACUUAACAGUAGUCAACAAUGAAAACACAUGCGAGAGAGAAAGAGAGUAUAAUGCAAUUAAUUACACAACCUCUCUGCUCUAUAGCAAUUAGUUUUAUUCCCCAUUUUUCACAAUUGGGACUAUUAUAACCCAAAAUUGUAAUUUUUGUUUGCUUUGCAGCUCCCUCCCUAUCUGCAUAAUCAGUUUAAGAAUAAUUUCAGCUCUUAUUGUUUGGCAGGUUACUUCGCUUUUGCUAUCUUCUUGUUCUCCAUGGACUUGACAUUACCGAUCCUAAGAGUAGGUGGACAACUUCUGGGAUUUGUUUUGCCUUUUAUUAGCAUGUCAUGUUGAACUUUUUCUAAGAAUGUCUAUGUUGCGCCUCAAAAACAAACAAAAAAGUGAAUUAACCUGUUAUUUUUGUUGUUUUUUUGGAGGAAGAGAGACGCCUUUAGGGAUGUUGGACUUCGACCCACUGUGAUAUGGAAUAUUUCUCUCACACAGAUCUUCCAUUGCGUUGUUUGUAGUUUCAGCUGCCUUAAAAAAGGGUGUUCUUUGCACUUUGGGGUGGAAUGUCAAGAGAGGUGUCACUUUGCUGGUUGUGCGCUUUUAAGUUUGAAGUGACUUUUGGACCCCAGCAAGUGUUUUUACGACAUCCUCCACUCUCCAAACCGCCUCCAUUUUUGUAAUGUUGGCGCUUCAAUGACUUCAUCAUCAUCACCCUCUAAUAGAUCACUCUUCAGUUUUAUCAAUUUUUUUUGCAAUGCUGAUUGAAGUAAUAAAAAAAUGACAUUCAAUUCAGAAAAGUGACGCCUUUUUUAACAAGAAUCAAAGUGAUAUUUGACGGGUGUGAAGAGGAAGUGAGAGAGAUCAGCGUUGGGCGAAAUAAGAGCUCUGGUACGGCUUCCUGCAUGCUCUUAUGAGUCACUGCCAUGCAGUGGUUAAAUAAUGACAUCUCUGCUUUCAAACUUUGAACACCGCCCCACGCAACGUUUUGCGCUACCGUAAGACCGCAAGGUUAAAAAAUGGGGAACGAGCAGUGGGCCGCAAAUGUUCCAUGUGCAAGACUCUGGACACCCAAAACUUUAAACCUACAAAUGCUAAUAAACAUAAUUGAAUAUGGCCUUUAAAAUCAUUUUUAGAGCGCCACAUGCAAUGCAUGCCCACAGGUGUUGUGCAGCGAUACAGUCCAACACGGUUUCUGUUAUAACAAAAUGAAAGCAUGAAGUUACACAACAAAUAUUUUAAGUCAAUUUAUUCCUCAUUAGGCACUGUCUACACAAGACACUUAGUAACAAUAAUGACAAUAAUUUGUUUAAAUGUGCUUAUUAUUAUGGUGAAGUAUUUCUCAUAUUUUAUUUGAAACAAUUGUCAUAUGAUGCAUGGCACAUCUACAACCACAAAUGUAUUUUUAUAUUAGGAAUUUUUAAAAAACCUGACAUAGUCUUUGUGUAGGCGCAUCUAAUGUAGUGCAACGCCAAUGU